AGAAGGCAACUUUAAAUGUAGCCGCUGUCAGUCGACAUCUGGUGUAGAAACUUGUGUAACGGUCAUUACUCCGGUAGUGUAAACUAAAAGGUUCUGAGGUAACGUCAUUGGGAGUUCAUCCUCACUCACUUUGGGCUUGCCAGGUCUUUCCAGCGGCUCCCUCCAUCUGACGUGACCAGCUGACAGCUCUGCUCCUCUCUUCACCCGAGCGCCUCAGACAUACGGCCACAGUUCAGAAGGUUGUACUGUUAGUUCAUAAAAUAACACAAGUUUUGUUUUUCCACUCUUAGACAUGUCUGCUGCCAGCAUGCAGAUGACUGAGGAUCAGUUCCUGUGCUCCAUCUGUCUGGAUGUGUUCACUGAUCCAGUCACCACACCAUGUGGACACAACUUCUGUAAAGCCUGCAUCACUCAACACUGGAACGUCAAUGUCACCUAUCAGUGUCCCAACUGUAACCAGCAUUUUGCCAGCAGACCUGAGAUGAAGGUCAACACCUUCAUCUCUGAGAUGGCUGCUCAGUUCAGACAGGCAGCUCUGGAAGAAGAAUGUGAAGGAAAGCAGGCCGAGAUGAAGAAGACUGAGGCUGAAACCAAGGAGAUGAUAAAGAAGAGACGCCUGAAGAUCCAGGAGCUCAAUGACUCGGUGCAGCUCAGUGAGGAACAUGCAGACAGAGAGAUAGCAGGUGGUGUUCAGGUCUUGACCGCUCUGAAGGUGUCUGUUGAGAGAAGCCAGGCCAAGCUCAUCCUCACGAUCAAAGAGAAGCACAGAAACACAGAGAAACAGGCUGAAGGCUUCAUCCAAGAGCUGGAACAGGAACUCUGUGAACUGGAGAAGAGAAGCACUGAGGUGGAGCAGCUCUCACGCUCUGAAGACCACCUCCACCUCCCCCAGAGCCUCAGGACCCUGAAGGCUGCUCCACCCACCAAGAACUGGACCGGAGUCAGAGUCCGUCCACCUUCCUAUGAGGGUACAGUGAUGAGAGCUGUGAAGCAGCUGAAGAAGACGCUCAGCAAUCAGAUGAAGAAGCUGUUUGAGGGCGAGAUGAAGAGGGUCCAGCGGUCUGCAGUGGAUGUGACUCUUGAUCCUGAUUCAGCACAUCCUGAACUCAUCCUGUCUGAUGAUGGAAAACAAGUUAAACUUGGUGAUGCAGAGAAGAAUCUUCCAGAUAACCCAGAGAGAUUUGAUCCUUGUGCUGCUGUCUUAGCAAAGCAGAGUUUCUCUUCAGGAAGAUCUUACUACGAGGUUCAGGUUGAAGGAAAGACUAAGUGGGUUUUAGGAGUGGUGAGAGAGUCCAUCAACAGGAAGAGAAGCAUCACACCGUCUCCUCAGGAAGGUUUCUGGACGAUAUGUUUGAGGAAUGAGAAUGAGUACUCAGCUCUUGUUGGCCCUCCAGUCCGUCUCUCUCUGAGGUCUCGGCCUCAGAAGGUGGGGGUGUUGGUGGAUUAUGAGGAGGGUCUGGUCUCCUUCUAUGACGUAGAUGCUGCAGCUCUUAUCUACUCCUUUACUGGCUGCUGCUUCACUGAGAAACUCUUCCCAUUCUUUAGUCCAGGUCUUAAUGAAGGAGGUCUAAACUCUGCUCCUCUGAUCAUCUCUCCUGUCGACCACACGCAGUAGAACUACCACUGGAUUCCCUCCAGAGAGAUCCACUCAUAUUAAUGUAGCAUCUAUAAUAUUGGUUAUUUACGCUGUAAACAUGAUUCUUUUUCACAUUCUGAUCAAUCGGUUAUUACUUUUUCUCCGUAAAUGUUUUUCUAUAAUUCGUCAUAACUCAGACACACAGAUUUAAAGCCACUGAUUGAUAUUAUCUAAUGUAAUCUAAUUAAUUUUAAUAACUUUAUAGACGUUACUACAGACUGUUGAAUAAUCAAACCAUGAAAUCAGCAAUAAGGACCAUUUGCACAUUAAUUAAAAAUCAAUUAAAAUGUUAUACGGUCUUAUUAAUUUAUAUUUAAUAUAUAUUGUGAAUACCGACACGUAUUGGAGAACUUUUAAAGUACAAAUAAAGAAAAAGGUGUUUUGUUUUGUUUUGAUCAUUUUCAAAAUAAAAGAGGAUUCAAUGUUU